GGCAAAUACUCCAGAAGGAAGAACAACUUUGAAUACACCGACUCCAUAUGAUUGCGGUGUAGUCUAUGCAAGUCCAAGAGAUUAACAGUCAGAAGAUACCAAGUAGCAAUGGCUAUGCCGAAGGGUGGUUCUACUUAGAAAUUAUUAUGUAUUCACAGCUAUAGAAGAUCUUGAUGUUUUAUUUGAUGUGUAAUGAUCUAGUCUCACAUAAGCCAGCCGACUGUGAAACUAGGUCUCUGAUUAAAAAUUAAUGUUUUCUUUUAAGACAUGUGUAUAGGAGGUGUUCAUCACUGUGCAUUUUCGCCAGCAAUAAAUUCACUCAUGCUGCAAACUAUGUGAUAACAGUUUAAUAUUUCAUUUUGGUUAUCUUAUAAUAAUUUUUUGUCGUAGUCAAAACUUCACAUCACUAAUUUCACUCCCGUAUAGUAAAGAUCUUAUUGUUUAUAAUGUGUCUUACUGUCAGUGCUAACUUUUGGUAGCGUGGAGUAUUGUUUCCACAGCUCUGCAAGAAGGCCGACAUGAACUUGUAGUCUCUGGAAAGGAAUUUUGUCAACUGAUUGAAAAAUCUGGAUUAGAUCAAAGAAUUUAUAAUUUGAAAAGGCUAAAUUUCCUGGAAAUUUCACAUACUUGUCUGGAGUCUUUGUCUGAAGAUAUAUCGAAACUGUCCAGCUUGGCUCAAUUAUGCCUUACAACAAAUAUGUUGAAAUCUGUGCCUGUCGGUCUAGGCUGUCUUCACUCGCUGCGUUCUUUAGAUUUAUCUUUUAAUAAACUUACAAAGAUUCCUGAUAUUUUUGAUAAAUUGUCUAGUUUAUCGUGUCUUAUUUUAUCUGGUAAUGAAAUACAAAGUCUACCGUCUGUUAAAGGGUUGACUUCGCUGCAUGAGUUCUUAGCUUCGAAGAAUAAGCUGAAUUUACUGCCGGAUGGAAUAGAAUCGCUUACCAGUCUGACAGUCUUGGAUGUUUCCUACAAUCAGAUUGCCACUUUGCCUAAAGAUAUUUGUAAUCUAAGCAGUUUGAAGAAUGCCAACUUUUCAGAGAAUUCGUUAACUGAUUUCCCGUCAAACAUCCAUCGGUGUCGUAAAUUAAAUAUGUUGAAAAUUCAUGGUAAUCCGUUUAAAGAUAAUCGUUUGAAGAGAUUAUCUGUUGACGAUCAUUCACCAACUGCUCUAUUGGCGUAUCUACGUCGGUUGGAUGAAAGUGGUGGCGGGGGAGGAGGAAAAGCAAAGAAGGCUAAUGACAAACACCCACCACCAGCAGCAGCAGCAUCUAAAGUAUCCAAUGGAAGCGAUAGUACAGAUGUUCCCAGUCCCCAGUCAGAAGAACCUGCGGAAACUUUAGUCGCACAUAUUGUUAUUCAACGUCCAGCUGAAGAAGAACAAUAUCAAAUCAAUCAAAUGCACUCAGUCAAGUCUGGCCCUCGUCCAUUCAUUGUCGCUUGUAGUAUACAUGGUGUCAACUUCGCCUCUGAGGGUAAAUUAAAAGCAUUUUUACGUGCUCAAGAAGACUGGCAUCGUGAUAUCGGUCAAAUGCGUCGUCAAGCCACUUUAGCUACUCAUGAUUUAAGAGAAGUUGUCUUUCCAUUGACAUACAGCCUAGAAGAAGCCCAAUCAUUUGAGAUUCAUCCGUUAAAUCGAGCUAGUGUAUGCACAGGAGAAGCAUUUCUUAAACAAUUAGUUCAUGAAGCCCAGAUGGAUAGAAAAUCUCGUAAACAGGCAAAAUUCAGUCAAAUCUACCGCUACUUAAAUGUAUUGAAUAUUGAAGGUGCAAUGGCAGCAAAUAUAUUUAGCAAAGUCAUGGUUCCUGUUGUAGUAGACAAAAAGCUGACAGUUAUCUCUGUUCCCCCACUGACUAAUAGUCAUAGUACACGUUUGAAGGUUGAUACACGUGACAUCUUGAUUGAAGUUACCGGUAUUAAUCUGCCUUUAUGCCAAAAAUUCGCUGAGUUGGUCAUUGCUUGGUUACUAGAAAAUACUUGCUGCCAGACAGCAGCAGUACAGGCCACCGGUGGUGCCGCUGGCAGUGGUGGUGAUAAGACUGCUGACAACGCAACAUCACAACAAUCUCAACUGGUCAACGAAGUGAACUCCAAGUUAACUGUAAACAACACUGGUGUCGUCGUCCCUACAAAUUCCUUGGUUGUCCGUCCUAUUCGUGUUGUCGGCAUCGAUGCUGACUCAAAUCUGAGUUUCUUAUUCCCAUCUCGAACUGAUUUGACUGAUGCAAAGUUCCAUACUAUUCGUUAG